AUGAGACAUUUGAUAACCAGGUACUCGCAAAACCCCAUUGGAUACGCUGACUUCUGGAAAGCGAUUCUGGCAAUACGGAAUCGCCUACUUUUCCAGGAGUCAGAGAGCAUUCGAUCGUACGUGUUCAUGUACAAGAGAAAGAGAGCGCAGUCGGACAUCUCCCAGUACAUUUGUGUACAUUGCAAAAAGGCAAAUAAAUAUGAAGCGAUUUUGGUAAGCGGAGACAUGUUUCUGGAAGAUCCAGUUAUGCUCCGCCAUACAUGUAUACCAGUCGAAAGAACCAAGGAUAAAGCCGACAAGCUUUCCUGCGAGCAAGUGCGCGGGAACCCUGAAGCGACUCUGCAUCCAACAAUAAAUCAUUGGCUUACAAUUUUCGACAAGAUCGAAAUUAUGGCUUGGGGAGGUAAUGCCGAGAAGAGGAAUGCCGUGAUGGCGCAUUAUAUGAAGAAAAUGGUUAUGAAAGCAGACGACACGCUUAUAAUAGCGUGUUGCUUCGCAUUUCUUUUCGCGCUCGUUGGAGAUGGCAUCCACACGAUUAAUCCUCGAAGUCGACGUGGAGCUGCAAUACCGCUGCUUUACGCCGUCACAAAGAACAAGCGCGAAGAAGACUACGUCACCAUCUUUAACAAGUUGAAAGCCGCGAUAGAAGAGGCGAUAGAAGGAUUAAGUCUGGCGCAACCCGGAAGCGCAGUUCAAAGCGAUGAGGAGGCCACCCGUAGAGCGCGAACAUCCUGCGUACGGGCCGUGCAAGAAGUUUCUAACCUACUUGCGGAACACCUGGCUCGACGGGCCAUUCAAGACGAUGUCCAGCGAACAACCAACAUCGCCGAGAACUACCACGGAAGGCUCAGGAAAAUUCUCGGCAAGAAACAUCCACCUCUAGCGCAGCUGGUACUGGCCUUCCGCAGCUUUGCGCAGCUGGUACUGGCCUUCCGCAGUUUUACACUACUGGCAAAGGGAACUUUGGCAAGAAUGUUGAGGAGGAGCGAGCCCAAGAUGCUUAGAGAAAGGGACAGGAUAAGAUGGGAGAAGGUGAAAGGCGCCAUGGCCUCAUUUACGACACUUCGUAGUGAAAAUCUCCUCGAUACCGUCACGGUAGAGGAGUUUCUACGAAGGAUGUCCAAGUAUACAUCGGACAAGGCAAUCUAA